CCCUCCGCCCCCGAUCUCGGCGUGGACGAGGAGAUGCUGGCAAAGUGGCGCAAGCACGGCGGCGGCGACCUGGAGCCGGUCCUCGCGAGCGGCGCCGUCGCCCUCCUCGACGCGCAGUGGAUCAUCAGCCACGCCGAGGCGGGCGGCGUCAUCACCCACCGCCAGGCGCUGCCCGAAGAGGCCUUCCUCUCCCUCGCCGACCUCGUCGCGGCAACCAAUUUAGAUUUCUUCCUUCCCGUCGCCGCGCUCUCCUACCCGUGGCUGACCAAGGACCACCCCGACCCGCGUGGAGCCAAUCUCUCCCGCGUCGCAAGGGCGCUCAAGGCCCUGCUCACCGACCCCGAAUGGACCGGCAUCACGCGGCUCGGCGUCUUUUGGGACUUCGGCUCGCUGCACCAGCACCCCGACCCCGCCAACGGCGUCAUGCGCACCGAGGAGCAGAACACGCUCUUCAAGCAGGGGCUGGGCUGCCUCGGCACGCUCUACUCCCAUCCAUACACGACCGUGCUGCGGCUGACCUCCUUCCCGGACGGCCACAAGGCGGAGGACCAGGCCGAGGGCACCAACGUGGCCAAGUACUUUGACCGCGGCUGGUGCGGGCGAGCCUGACUAAGGCCGGCUUCCUCUCGCUCGACCUCGGCUUGAUGCGCGGCGGCAAGGAGUACGACUACUGGAGCCUCCGAGAGGACUGCACCAAGGACGGCGGCCGGCGCCCUCCGCUGCUGCCGUCUGCGUUCGCGGCGGAGCUGGAGAAGAAGAGCUUCACCAACGGCAAGGACGACAAGCCGCUCGUGAAGCGGCUGUACGAGGCCGCCCUCGAGGAGCAGUUUGGCAAGGCGACCGAGCUGGUCUACUACGACCUCGGCUGGGGCGACGCGGAGGCGGCGCAGCUGGCGGAGGUCCUCGCGAGCGGGGCAGUGCCGCGGCUCGAGACGCUCUGGCUCAGCGACAACAAGAUUGGUGACGAGGGCUGCAAGGCACUGGCUGCCGCCCUUGGCAAGGAGGGGGCAGCGCCGCGGUUCAAGAAGCUCCAGCUCAACGGCAACGAGAGUGGCGACGAGGGCUGCAAGGCGCUGGCCGCCGCCCUCGGCAAGGAGGGGGCCGCCCCGAGCUUGAAG